AUGAACCAAACCGAUACAGCUCAAACACCUUCGUUUUGUACCCAAAACACCUUCGUUUUGUACCCAAAACACCUCUGUUUGACUAGCUCCACAGCAGAUGACGGUGAUGGUGUAGAUGAGAGCUCACCCUUGGCUACACGGGAAGUGAGAAGAAGAUGGACAAACGCAGUAGAUUUUAUGCUGGACUUCCCUCCUUGCAAGUUUAAUACUUGCAGGCAGAGAUGGACAAAAAUAAAUGAAGGAGUGCAGAAGUUUUGCGGAUGCUUCGACCAGGCGAGCCGUCAAGCUACAAGCGGCCAAUCCGAGGAUGAUGUCUUCCAGAUGGCUUACAAGUUCUAUUACCAGGAUCAGAAGACCAACUUCAUCUUAGAGUAUGCGUGGAGAGUUCUUAGAAACGAUCAGAAGUGGUGUUCUCUUACUAGAGAUAAAGGCAAAACGCAGAGCAAAAGAGCACAGCCACAUGAUUUCGUAGACGUCUGUCCCAUGGAGGAACAAGUGGAAGAGAGACCAAUCGGUGUGAAGGCAGCAAAGGCUGAAAAUUUGAAAGGAAAGAAGACCGUGAAAAGAACUAGCGAAGACAGGAGGCUGCUAUGA